GGCCAUCAAGCAAGGGAGAGCAUGACUUACUCAUUCGCAAAGCGGCAGUGAACAGGGUUCACUGACAUUAAUGACUCCUCCGUUCCCCGGGGUUAUAUCAUGCUAUCAUGAUAUGCGUUCCACACCGCUCAAGACAGGUUGUUUUCGCAUUUAUUCAUCACUUUCGGCUAUAUCUUCGUGGAUAGGGGUUUUUUAGAAGGCCAUACAGCAAGUGAGAUAACUCACCAUGGGUAAAGAGGAAGUCAUCGUUAAGGAGACUGUUGAAGAUGUGACCAAAGAGCUGGCUUCUUUGGUGGAGAAGGAGGCAAAUGAAGCUAUUCAAAGCCGGGGGAAGUUCAUCAUUGGUUUGUCUGGUGGCAGUCUGGUCAAUUUUCUGGCGGCCGGACUGCCGACAAUCAGUACGGACUGGUCGCUCUGGCACGUGCUCUUCUGUGACGAGCGCGUGGUGCCGUUCAACAGCGACGACUCCACGUUCGGCGUGUACCGGCGUCAGCUGAAGAGCAACGGCGGCGCCCUGCCGCUGACAGAGUCCCAGUUCCUCUGCGUCGACCCGGGUCUGGACGCGGACACCGCCGCCGCCGACUACGCCGCCAAGGUGUCGGCGCUGCUGGGGCCGGGCCGCGCGCCGCGCUGCGACCUGCUGCUGCUCGGCAUGGGCCCGGACGGCCACACGUGCUCGCUGUUCCCGGGCCACGCGCUGCUGAGCGUCACCGACCGCGCCGUGGCGGCCAUCACGGACUCGCCCAAGCCGCCGCCGGCGCGCGUCACGCUGACGCUGCCGGCGGUGAACGCUGCGCGCGCCGCCGUGUUCGCCAUGGCCGGCGCCGGCAAGGCGGACAUGGUGCGGCGCGUGCUGCGCGACCGCGAGCCGCUGCCGGCCGCGCUGGUACAGCCCACCGACGGCAGGCUGGUUUGGAUUCUGGACCAGGCCGCCGCCGCCAAACUCUGAACACUCGACACGCUGAGCUUUUAACGCUAACAGUACGCAGUGUCACCUGUUCACGCUGUUGACGAUAUGCCGCAAUCUGCAUAACGUGGACCGUAUUGUAAUCGCUGCGUCGUGGCACGUUGUGGUAAUGGGGUGCACUGCUGCUUGUUGGGGGCCAACUCAGACACUGAGCAAGGUGGAUAUAGUCUGUGGUAGUGGAAGGCACGGCGGUGGACUCUGAAGUCAUUCGCCGAGUAAGUCCUAAGGAACUGUGCACAGUGCACUCGCUUCUUCUGUACUCACUUUGAGACUUUUUGGAGUAUUUUACGUAUAGGUCAUGGUGAUAUUAUUCAGAGGAAAGUAUUUUUAUCGUUGUUGAUAGUUAUAUGUUAUAUAUGCUCUCGAAUCUGGAUGAGAAUGGCUACUGCCAGUACUGCAUUCAUACUGCUAUUUGCGAUUCGGCUGCAUGCAAGGGUAAGAAAACAUUCCUAUUUCGCCCGUUUGUGUUACGAGUUCCCCAUGACACUCAUGUAACGAUUGUGCCUUUUCCUCUCCAUUUUAGUGUCGUAUGCUCGGAUGACCUAUGUCGCUUUGCUACAACUUUGUAUAUCAACAAUCAGAUGAAAUACAACGACCGAAUACA